AUGGCGGGUGUACGAGUGACAAACCUACUGUGGGGUCUCUCUGGUCAGUUUGUUGUGCGAGAGCGUGGUCGGCGCAUUAUUGGGAUUUAUCAGGAACACUCGACAACUUGUGCUAUAUCGCGGAAUCUUGAAGAUGUAGAGCCCUACAAGUCAGCACUAGUGGAAGCUGUAUUCUAUUGCAUUUUAAUUCUAUAUUUCUCGGUGCAAUCGGCCGAAUACGAGCUUUGCCCCACAAGUAAAAUGCACAACCGAAGCUUUAGCCUUCCAAAGAAUGACGAGGUUUAUGGAGAUGACCAAGAAUUCUAG